ACAAAACAGAAUAGACGAUAUGAUUUUUUUGUAUUAACAUCGCGCAGUGAUAAUAAAAAAUUAAGUGGAAAUACAAGUGAAAAUACAAAAAGAAAAACAAUCAAAAGAAAAUUCCUGUACAGGGAAAUUUUCAUAGAAUGCAAAGAAAAUCUUAAAAAAAGAGAGUGAAAAUUGUUAAAAAAGCUACUAAAGGAUAUUUUGCAAUCAAAAGCUGGGAAACUUUCAACCAGAAAGGACGCCUAGUAUUCUGGCUGCGAAUAAAAUAGCUCCAACCAUUUUUUUUGCGUUUAGAUUAAAGCAGACAAAAGUUGUAUCAAAGUUUUUUGCUAUUUGAUUUGUGAUUUGAUGAUGAUAUUUUUUUUUGUCUGUGGUGUAUAAAUAAGUUAAGUGUUAAAUAAAAGUAAAUCUUAAAAAUAAAAAAAAUUAAAAUUUAUGCAAAAAGUUAAAUAAAAUCUUGAAAAAAAUGUUAAUUUAAAUUGAAAUGUAAAAAAGAAGUGUUAUGAAAAAAAUGUUUACUAGAAUAGAAAUUAAUUAAUUAAUUGUAGUAGUAAAGUGUAUUGUAUUUUUUUGCUACUGCUAAUAUUAAGUGUUUUUGUGGGUUAACUUAAUUCUAAAUAAUUAAUGAGCCACCACUACCACACAGCCAACUAUAAUUAUUAUUUAAUAAAUUAAAAAAAAAUUCUAAAAAUACCUAUAUUUGUUCCAAAAAAGCAAACAAAACAAAAACUACAAAACAAAUUGAUAAAAAGAAACAUUUGUUAAUAUUUUUAUUAAUAUUAUCCCCCGUGACCCAGUUGGAAUAUUUGUCGUGUUCCUCAACCUUUCUCAACAACUAACUAACUGUCUGGUCCUAUUAUAGAAAUGGCCAACAAUAGUUCGGGAUCUAGUGUGGGCUCGGCAGCAGCUGCUACAGGCGUGGCAACUAUGCCCGGUGUAAGUGGUGCUGUGGCUGCUGCCUUAAAUAAUUCCUCGAAUAGUGAUUUAUGGCGUGAGUGUGUUGAUUGGCUUACUCGCUGCCAGAUCAUACAACCAGAUCAUAUGGCCAAUGCUCCCACCUCGGAAAUAAGAGUCUUAGCCCUGACCUUACGUGAUGGUGUGUUGUUGUGUAAUUUAGUUAUGCACUUGGAUCCCACCUGCAUGGAUGCCAGUCAAAUGAAUAGGUUUGGAGACUAA